AUGAUGGAACCUCGUCGCACGUCAAGCGUCUAUUCCGACACCUUCGAGCUUGAUGAUCUGCUGCUAAGGCUUACGAAACAGGCCGAUGAGCAGCACGAUAUGGUCUCCGACAUCUUGCAGCAGGAGAACAACGCACUCUAUCGCAAGCUCAGGGCGGCACGGCAGCUGUGGCGGUUCAUUG